AUGAAUCUCUACGACGUGUGUUCCUCUGAUGACUCAGAGGAGACAACCAAGCACCUCGACCUGAUUCUCAAUAAGGGCCUUUCCAGAACCACCAAGGCACCGAAAGCUGAAAACCAGCUAUCCAUACGACAGAGUGCCUGGAAAGAAUCCACGGCUGAAAUCACCCCUCAACCGGAAGACCAGUCUCCUUUGCCUCCACCAGCUCCCGCUACAGAGGACAUGUCCGUAGUGACGCCGUUUUUGGCAAAGCACAUUGCUGACCACAAUAAUAUCCCAUCCGACAACUUCCACAAGUACUGCUACAGACAUAACCCAGAGAUCAUGUGUAACAAGCAAGCUGACGCCGCAAAAAUGAAACAUAUCCAGCAAGAGCUAGAAAAACUUCCUUCACGAGACCAGGAAGCCAUUACCCAUGUGUGGUCCAUCUUCUCAGCUGCUCCUCACUCCCACCGGUCCUUGAUCCUCCGAGGCUUGCUUACACAGUGUUGUUUCCCCCAGCUCUCCACCAUUUCCCAAGAGAUCAGCCAGUUUAUACGUAUCGACUUUAUUGCUACCCUUCCUGUUGAGAUCUCGUUGAAGAUUCUUUGCUACUUGGAUUGCAAGUCACUAUGUAACGCAGCCCAGGUCUCUCGAAAGUGGAAAGAACUUGCCGAUGACGAUCGUGUUUGGCACCACAUGUGUGAGCAGCACAUCGACAGGAAAUGCCCGAAUUGUGGAUGGGGUCUUCCGCUUAUGCAUAUGAAGAGAGCCCGUGAGUAUAAUAAUGAGGAAGAGGGCUCUAGCUCAACAAAGCGCCGGAAAGCAGAAUGCAAGAAACGUCCAUGGAAGUCGGUCUAUAGUGAGCGGUAUCAAUUGGAGAAGAAUUGGAGAAACGGCAGUUACGUGCUCAAGACGUUCCAGGGUCAUAAGGAUGGAAUCACCUGUCUUCAGUUCAACAGAAAGUAUCUUAUGUCCGGCUCAUAUGACGCUACUAUCAAAAUCUGGAAUGUGGACACGGGCGAGUGUAUAAAGACUUUGGCGGGCCACUCGAAAGGCGUGCGUGCCUUGGCUUUUGAUUCGCAAAAGCUCAUCACCGGUGGCCUUGACUCUACUGUCAAGGUAUGGAACUACCACUCUGGCAAAUGCAUAGCAACCUACAGAGGUCACGAGGACGCAGUGUCUAGCGUGGACUUCUCUGGUAAAACCAUCGUUUCAGGAUCAGCUGAUUGCACUGUGAAAGUCUGGCACGUUGAUUCAAGAACCUGUUUCACGCUUCGUGGUCACAGUGAUUGCGUUAACUGCGUGAAGAUCCACGAACCAUCAAACACAGUUUUCAGCGCCUCAGAUGAUACCACUGUCAAGAUGUGGGACUUGAACAACAACCAAUGUCUCCGAGUGUUCGGUGGAAUCGAAAACAAUGGUCACGUUGGUCAAGUUGAGACUGUCAUUCCUUUCAAAUAUCUUAGUGGUGAUCUAAUCGAGGACGAUAAUGACAGUGAUUCAGACAAUACGGGCAAUCAUUUGCGUCAUCAGCAGCAUCAAUACGAACAACAAACCCAGCAUCAAAAUCAACAGGGAGCUUCAACCCAGGAAAGGCAAGGGCCCGAACCCCUCCCCGAUCUUCCAGAAGGACAAGAUUAUCCCACACAUCUUUUGACAUCUUCAUUAGAUAACACAAUCAAGUUGUGGGAUGUGAAGACCGGCAAGUGCGUGAGAACUCAGUUCGGUCAUAUUGAAGGAGUCUGGUCCAUCAGUGCAGACACCUUCAGAAUUGUCAGUGGAGCUCAUGACCGGUUGGUGAAAGUCUGGGAUCUUCAGGACGGUAAAUGCUUGCAUACCUUUGGUAAUAAUGCUAGUGUGAGCUGUGUGGGCUUAUCAAGCAACAACUUCGUUGCAGGUUUGGAAAACGGUAUGAUCAAGAUGUACAACUUUCAAUGCUAA